AUGUCAGAGCAUUGGAAAUCGACACCGAAAUACUGGUGCAAGCAUUGCAGCUGUUACAUUCGCGAUACCAAGCUUGAACGCCAGAAUCACGAGUUAACCGCACGGCAUCAAGGCAACCUCAAGCGCUUCCUGCGGGAUCUACAUCGAGGACAUGAGAAGGAACAGCGUGAGAAGGACCGCGCGAAGCAAGAAGUCGCUCGUCUUUCGGGUGUUGUUGGUUCAUCUUCGUCCGCCUCCACUCCGCCGCUACGAUCGACGGGCGCGCAUCAUGGCAAACCAAGCGCACCGACCGAGGUGUCACUCAAGAAGCAGCGGGAGCAGCUCGCUGAAAUGGGCAUAUCGAUGCCAUCCGAGUUCCGCGCCGAAAUGGCCAUCCCUGGCGAAUGGCAAGUGACGAAUACCCGAGUCAUUGACGACACCAAGACGGAAGGCAAGGCAAACGGCGUACGGAAACGGGACAUUGCCGAGGAAGACAAGGAAGAGGAGGACGCUAUUCGUGGGCUGUUCAAGAAACCUAGACGUUGGGGCCGAGCUAUGAAGGAGAUGCCCACUCAGGACACCCAGGAUCUGGAUGCCCUUCUCGGGGGAGAUGCCCUCCUCGUGAAAAAAGACGGCGAGGGAGAGCAUGUUAAAGAUGGAUCACCACCAUCAUUGGAGCCCAAAACAGAGCCAGAGUUCCAAGGAGAACCUGAAGUCAAAGACGAGCCAGAUACGGAGGUGCAAGGUCUUGCGGCGCCGGUCAAGAACGAGAAUCCGACAACGGAUGCCUGUGUCAAGUCUGAGGACGCCAAUGACGAGCCGAAAUCAUCGGGGAUAGUUUUCAAGAAGCGAAAGGCAAAGGGUAUAAGGCAAAAAUGA